GAAAGAAGAUUAAAUUACAAAUAUUACGAGCUUUAUAAGACUUUAUGUAGGACUGAGCAUUUGUGCCGAACGGCAGCGAGCAGUAUGGUCGGAGACAUCGAGACUUCUGGAAAACAGCCAAAGAUCUAACAGAGGCUCGAGCGUUAUUUGGUUAGACACUAACAAGCCUCGUUCUCUCCUAUUAUACUGGAGUCUUAAUUAUGUUUCUCUUCAAAACCUGGUCAACUGUAAGACUGGUCGCCGUCUUACUGAGUUUGGGGAUUCAGCAGAGCACAUGGAAAGCAGUGGAAAUGAUCCAUCCAGAAUGUGCUGUGGUGGCUGAGCAUAUGAAGGCUCGAGAGCAAUGCAUUCACACUCAAAGACAAGAGGCCCGCAACAGCAACAUUAUCACUGGGUGUCGUACAGAGUGGGAUGAUUUUUGGUGCUGGUACAGGGCAGAGGUCGGACAGGUUAUCAACAUCUCCUGUCCCGAAGUGUUUCAGUUCUUUGCGAUUAAUCAUGGUUUCAUAAUUAGGAAUUGCACCAAGAGUGGCUGGACCAAAGUCUACCCAUCCUAUGAGAACGUUUGUGAGAUUGUGGAGGAUGUGGAAUCAGAAACUGAGACCACAUAUUACUCCACUUUCAGGCAGGUGUACACUGCGGGUUACGCUACCUCUCUGAUUUCCCUCAUCUCUGCCAUCUUUGUGUUCACAGCCUUCAGGAAGUUCCACUGCACAAGAAACUACAUUCACAUUAAUCUCUUUGCCUCCUUCAUCCUGCGAGCCAGUGCGAUCUUCAUCAAAGAUGCAGUUCUCUUUGGCGAUGAGAAUCUGGACCACUGCUUCAUGUCAACAACCUCUUGCAAGGCGGUGGUGGCUUUCUUUCAGUUCAGUAUCCUGGCUAACUACUUUUGGCUGCUGGUUGAGGGGAUGUAUCUACAGACUCUUCUAGCUCUAACUUUUGUCUCACAAAAGAAGUAUUACUGGUGGUACAUACUUAUUGGCUGGGGUCUACCAACACUAAUACUGACCAUCUGGGUUCUAGCAAGGAAUUUUUUUGAUAACAGAGGGUGCUGGGAUGAUACAGAUGUUGCUUACUUUUGGUGGAUUAUCAAAGGACCAAUCACAGUGUCUCUCCUGAUCAAUUUCCUCAUCUUCAUAAAUGUGAUCCGGAUUCUUGUGCAGAAGCUGAAGUCUCCAGGAAUGGGUGGAAGUGAUACCAACCACUUCAUGAGACUGGCCAAGUCUACCCUCUUCCUGAUUCCCCUGUUUGGCAUGCACUACAUGGUUUUUGCCUUCCUGCCAGAGAACACAGGAGAAAACGCUCGCCACUUUCUUGAACUCGGCCUGGGUCCCUUUCAGGGUUUUGUUGUGGCUCUUUUGUACUGUUUUCUCAAUGGAGAGGUACAAGCAGAAGUGAAGAAGAGACUGUGGAAGUGGCAGACACAAAAUUAUUUGAGAUACAGUAAGAGAAGACGAACCCUCUUUACUGAGAGCAGCACAGUCACACAAAUCUCAGUUUUAGAGAAGUCCAGCCCUAUGGAGCUGCCCUUAACUGAGUCCCACAACAGUGUGUCAUCCGUCUGAAAUCAAGCUUUACAUUUCAUCUCAUUCCUCUCUUUCUCUUUCAAGAAACCUCUUAACAAAGGUCCUCCAUUGAGGUUCACUUUACCCUGAUUAAACACACCUGGCAGUAAUUUUUCAGUAAUCCUGACUAUUUCGAUGGGCUUUUUUAGGUGUUUCUUUGUAGAUUGUAGUUAAAUGACACAUAGGCCAGGUUUGAAGAACCAUGCUCUAAAAGAUUAAAUUCAUUGAAAAUUUUCAAGUACAUGCAAAUUCAUAAAAAUUGUGUUGAGGUUAUAAUAUGGUUGCUAUAACAAUUCAAACAUAUUGUUUUUUCGACACAUUACUAAAACAAGCUUUCAAAUUGAUGCUGAUACGAAAAUACUCUCUAUUUUUUUUCCACAAUGCAGAAGCACAAACAUGUUCUUUAGUUUCCUCUACUAAUUUAAAUGCGCUGACUACUUACAGACCAAAUUAAAGGGACAGUUCACCAACAUAACCCCCACCCCCAAAAGAGCAGCUUGCGUUCUUUAGCAAACGAUGAUCAUAAAACUGAUUUCUCCGUAACUUGUAUUUGUCACUCCAUUGUUUGUCAGUUGAGACAUACUGUCUGCUUGUCUUGAAAGUUGAGAUUGCAUAGAUGUAUAAAUGUUAAACAAAGCUAAUUGCCUUAUAAGAAACAGAGACCUCACAAACAACAGCUAACAAUUAAAAGUAUUUUCAUAUUCAUAAAUGCAUAUUCAUAUAUAUAUAUUUUUUUUGUAAAUCGUAUAUUUCAAGGCAACAUGUUGCACAGUGCACUGGCCCUGUAUAUAUAAAUAAAUGUAAUAUUUAUACAGGGUGUACAAAGUAUUUUUCUUGAAUAACAGGUAUUUUCAAGAUGUUUUAUUCAUUAUAAACUGUUUAAAUGUUUCAAUUAAAUUAAAUCAUUAUGAUUUAUUGAUUAUGUAAAAGUUUUAUUGGAAAAUACAUGAAAACAAUCAGUCUUAGUACAAAGAAUACUUACAAAGUAAAAAAAAAUAUAUAUCUGAAGAUGAUUAAUCAUUUUGAUUAUGAGUAUUAUAAUGAAUAAGACGGUUUUGAAAAUGGUUUUGAAAAUGUAAGAAUCCUUUUGCAGUGCACACAUCUGGAGCACUAGACUGUAAAGUUUCUUGUUUGGUAGAAAUGUUAUCUUGUUUUAUUGUUGCUAAGUGUGUUUGUGAAUAUAUGCUUACUGUAUAUAUUUUACUUGAUGUAGUAUGUUUGCCGACAUUUGUGCUCUGUUAUUUGGUGUUUUAAUAAUAAAUAUAAAUUCAUAAAUUAUAAAUUGAAUCAUAUUAACAUCUAUUUUCUGGAAUAACAAUUCUAACAUAAUUGGUUUGGAUUCACAAAUUAGUAGUGAUAUAUUUUGAUGACUCUUGAGCAGUUAUAUACGAAAUCUGACUAAACAGAUUCUAUAUUCUUUUCACAUAUUUAUUAUUUUAUAUAUUUAUGUAUUUUAUUUUGCAAAAUGCGUGGAUUAAAUAUGAAUUGGGGACCAUGAAUUCAAA